UCAUUUAGAAGAAUUUUCAUGUAACAAGUUCUAGAAAGUUCCAAGUCCCACCACUAAGUGGAUUUGAUAUUAUGGCAGCCACUUACAGACUUGUUGUUAGUACUGUGAACCACUACAGCAGCGUGGUGAUAGACAGGCGUUUUGAGCAAGCUAUACAUUAUUGCACUGGAACCUGCCACACCUUCACGCAUGGAGUUGACUGCAUUGUGGUACAUCAUAGUGUUUGUGCAGACCUCUUGCACAUCCCUGUGUCUCAGUUCAAAGAUGCAGAUCUGAACUCUGUGUUUCUACCCCAUGAAAAUGGGCUUUCCUUGACUGAGGCUGACUAUCCCCAUCAGGCCCUCACAGGCAUCCCCAGGGUCAAGAAAGGAUCUACGUUUCAGAAUACUUGUAACUUGAAGGACAUUGCAGGAGAAGCAAUCAGUUUUGCCAGUGGAAAAAUUAAAGAAUUUUCCCUCGAGAAACUCAAAAACUGUAACCAUGCAGCUUACAAAAAGGGAAGGAAAGUUAAGUCUGACUCAUUCAAUAGGAGGUCAGUUGAUUUUGACUUGCUCUGUGGACAUUAUGCUAAUGAAGGGAAUUCCCCAUCCUUUGGCUUACUACGGAGUUCUUCAGUUGAGGAAAAAUCUCUGUCCCAUAGAAACUCACUUGAUACAAACCUGACUUCCAUGCUUCUUCAAAACGUCUCUGAAGAAGACUUGGUUACUCAGAUUUUGGAAAAACAUAAAAUAGAUCAUUUUUCUUCUGGGACAGACAUAAAGAUGUGCUUGGACAUCUUGCUGAAAUGCUCUGAGGACUUGAAAAAAUGCACAGAUAUCAUAAAGCAAUGCAUAAAGAAAAAGUCAGGGGGUAGUAGCAUCAAUGAAGAAAGUAGUAAUGAUGCCAUUUCCAGCUCUGAAGCUGUCUAUGUGAAUGUAAUGACCAGAUUAGCAUCCUAUCUGAAAAAGUUACCACUUGAAUUCAUGCAGUCUGGGAAUAAUGAGGCUGUAGAUUUUAUGCCUAACUUACAACUGACUCCAUUCUCCCCAAUAUUUGGCACUGAACAGCCCCCUAAAUAUGAAGAUGUUGUCCAGCUCUCAGCUCCUGCCUCUGGACAGUUUCAGACAAUUGAAUUGCAAGAUGACAAGCUUAAUUCCAGGAAAACAGACACUAUAAAACCCAUUUCAAACAACUCCACAAAUUCCUUAUAUAACUUAGAGGUAAAUGAUCCCAGAACUCUAAAAGCUGUCCACCUUCAAUCACAGUCUUUAACCAUAAACGCUUUAGAAAAUGUUUCUUCUGGUGAUUUAAUGGAGACUCUUUAUAUUGAAGAAGAAUCAGAUGGAAAGAAACCAUUAGAUAAAGGACAAAAGACAGAGAAUGGACCCAGUCCGGAGUUGUUAAAGAGAAAUGAACAUGGAGCAGAAUUUCCUGAACAUGAUACUCAUCUUAAAAAAUGUCCUGCCUCAGUGCAAAAUGAAAUUGGUAAGAUUUUUGAGAAACCAUUUGUUCAUCUACCUAAGGAAAACUGUAAAUCAAAAGUUUCUAAAGUUGAAGAGGGAAACCAGAGAGAUUUUAUGAAUUCUAACAGCCAAGAAGAGAUAGAUAAAUUGUUAAUGGAUUUGGAGUCUUUUUCACAGAAAAUGGAGACUUCUCUAAGAGAGCCACUUGCCCAGGAUAAAAACUGUAAUUCUUUAAAUAGUCAUAGUCAGACCCCAGUAGAACUUGAGCCUAAAUCUAAAGUCUCUUCACCUGUAGACAAAGUCUCGCCUUCCUGUCUAACAAGGAUUAUUGAAACCAAUGGACACAAAAUAGAGGAAGAGGACCGAGCUCUCUUACUUCGAAUUCUGGAAAGCAUUGAAGAUUUUGCUCAAGAACUAGUUGAAUGCAAAUCAGGCAGGGGAAGCCUAUCACAAGAAAAGGAAAUGAUGCAGAUUCUACAGGAAACAUUGACAACUUCCUCCCCGGCCAAUUUAUCGGUCUGUAGAAGUCCUGUUGGUGACAAAACCAAAGAUACUGCCUCAGUGGUUUUGAUUCAGCAGACUCCAGAGGUGAUCAAGAUUCAAAGUAAACCAGAAAAGAAACCUGGAACACCACUUCCACCACCAGCCACCCUUCCAAGUAGUCCCCCACCUCUCUCCCCAGUUCCUCACGUGAAUAAUGUUGUGAAUGCACCAUUGUCCAUAAACAUUCCACGGUUCUACUUUCCUGAAGGACUCCCAGAUACCUGCAGUAACCAUGAACAGAUUCUAAGCAGAAUUGAAACUGCUUUCAUGGACAUUGAAGAUCAGAAAGCAGACAUUUAUGAAAUGGGGAAAAUUGCAAAGGUCUGUGGCUGUCCUCUGUAUUGGAAAGCGCCCAUGUUCAGGGCUGCAGGAGGAGAGAAGACAGGAUUUGUGCCAGCACAGUCAUUCAUUGCCAUGUGGAGAAAGUUGCUGAAUAACCACCAUGAUGAUGCCUCUAAAUUCAUCUGUCUUCUAGCAAAACCCAACUGUAGCUCUCUAGAACAAGAGGAUUUCAUCCCUUUACUUCAGGAUGUCGUGGACACACACCCUGGUCUGACGUUCCUGAAAGAUGCUCCAGAAUUCCACUCCCGCUACAUCACCACGGUUAUUCAGAGAAUAUUCUACACAGUCAACAGAUCUUGGAGUGGAAAAAUUACUUCGACAGAGAUAAGAAAAAGCAACUUUUUGCAAACUCUAGCCCUUUUGGAAGAAGAGGAAGACAUAAACCAAAUCACAGAUUACUUCUCCUAUGAACAUUUCUAUGUUAUUUAUUGUAAAUUCUGGGAACUAGAUAGUGAUCAUGACCUCUACAUCAGCCAGGCUGACCUGUCUCGAUACAAUGACCAGGCUUCGUCAAACAGAAUCAUUGAAAGGAUAUUUUCUGGGGCAGUAACAAGGGGAAAAACAGUACAGAAAGAAGGAAGGAUGAGCUAUGCAGAUUUCGUUUGGUUUUUGAUCUCUGAGGAAGACAAAAGGAACCCCACCAGCAUUGAGUACUGGUUCCGCUGCAUGGAUGUGGAUGGAGACGGUAUCCUCUCCAUGUACGAGCUGGAGUACUUCUAUGAGGAGCAGUGUGAACGGAUGGAAGCCAUGGGCAUCGAGCCUCUGCCGUUCUACGAUUUACUGUGCCAGAUGCUUGACCUGGUGAAGCCAGCCAUCGAUGGCAGAAUAACCCUGCGAGACCUGAAGCGGUGCAGGAUGGCUCACAUCUUCUAUGAUACUUUCUUUAACCUGGAGAAAUACUUGGACCAUGAGCAGAGAGAUCCCUUUGCGGUCCAGAAGGAUGCUGAGAACGAUGGGCCUGAGCCCUCCGACUGGGACCGGUUUGCGGCUGAGGAGUACGAGACGCUCGUCGCAGAGGAGUCUGCCCAGGCACAGUGCCAGGAGGGCUCAUUUGAAGAGUAUGAAACAGAGGAACCUGCCUCUCCCUCUGAAUGUGGAAACAAAAGCAAUAAGAUAGUAAGCUCUAGCCUUUCAGAGAAAUGUGGAACGCUCCCAUCAGUGGAUGAAGAAUAGCUGCCAACGUCUACAUGAAAAGAAAUUGUGUAUUUGAAAUGUUUUCUUGCGAAGAGAUAUUCUGGUUUGCAUACAGCUUUUUAAAGGCUUCUCUGUCCUCACGUGUGUAUCCGCGCUACAGACUUUAAACGUUUUAACAGACCUGGAUACACACUCAACUGAUGGGACUCCUCCAGUUUGCCUCAAACCUCUUACAGAGCUUGUCCUCAGAAGUGAACGUAAUUAUGUCCAUCACCUUCCAAAGUCAGCAGUCUCCACCCUGAAUGUACCAAGGAUCUCUUAGGGACAGAGCCAAGCAGUUCUCUCCACGGAAGCUGAAGUUGCCUCAGUGUUGGCUGGCAUCCCUGAGGCCCCCCCAAGGGCCUAGAAGAAUUCUUCACUUGCAGAUAACUUCAGGCAAAAACUUCUGGAACUUGUAAAAGCUGUUAAGAGCCUCCAGAAUCGACUUAGCCCUAGUCAUAAAAGCACUGCCAAAACAUCUCAGAGACUUAUUUUAAUUAUAUAUUACUGGAGUUCAAAGACCUUGAACUUACCUGGUUUAAUGUAAUUUCACAAUGACCUGCCAAACUGCUAGUCACUUUUACAUCCUCAGGUAUCGUAACCACUGGGCCUUCUAACUUCACUGGCAAGCUCUGGCAACCUCCCUAUCCUGACUGUGGAUCUUGUAUAAGAUUUUAAGAAAAAACUUAAAUGAAGACAGGCAAAGCAUUUGACUCACACUUGGGGGGGGGGCGCCCUUUUAACUUAUCUAACAUUUGACUUAUCUUAACAUUUGUUCAGUGAACUACUGAAUGAUUUAUUAAUCUCCAAAUGAGUUGAUACCCCAUCUUCACUUCCUAUCAGAAAGUCUACUUGAAGACAGAAAGGAAUAAUGAAUGACACAUGAAAAUUCUCACGAGACAUAUUCCUUUCUCCCUUGAAUUGAGAUUAGUAGUAAAGGCCUCAAUCUAAACAUUAUUCCUUCCUUUAUGUUGAAAAGAAACUACUAUUGCAGCUAUUUCAUUCACCAAAGUAUUUAUCAGAGAAACGGAUGCACCCAUUAAAAAUGCUCUUUACUGUAAUUGUACGUGUUCAUUGCAGAAUCCCACAUUCUUCAGCAGGCCAGUGCAGCCAAAUCCUGUGAUAUCCUUGAAAAGAAACUCAAAGGAUGGGCAUUUCUGACUUAAGUACAAGAAUCCCCUCAGAAACCUCUUAAACAUCCGUCCGUCUCUGUCAAAGUCAACUUCUUUCCUAUUCUUUUUCUAACCAGUCCUAAAAGUGUCAAGAAUAGCUUCCCCCGCUUGGUUCCCCCCUUGCUGGUGUAAAGACCAAACACUGAAAUAAUCACACCUUGGGCUGUGGUAGGCAGAAAGCGGAGAAAGAGCAAAUGUAGGACAUACACCAUCAACGAGGACAGUAGCAGUCAGCGAUCUGCCCAUCACAAGCUCCUCCCAGUUUCCUGUUUUCAUGAUUAAAACUGAUUUCCACUUAACUGUUACUGAAGUAACUAUUACAGCUAUCUAAUAGUUCACACAACAGAAUCAAAAGUGAUCUAAGUUUUUAGGAAACACUACAUGCAGUAACCCUAUUCACUUUUCUGCAUGUGAUACACAAAAUUUAGUUCUCAAUCCCAUCUAGCCUUUACCAAGAAAGAAAAGCAGCUGUUUUAUUUCAGGUAGAAACAAAAAAGGUUAUACUUCAUUUAGUAGCUAGAUAUGGUUUACAAGUUUUAUUAUCCAUAAUGAUCUGAUCCACUUCCAAGAGUCACCAAAAAGUAAAAAUGAAAUUCACUUUUACAGUAUGCAUUUUUUUUAAAGAACGAUUUAGCUUUACAUUCUAUAACCUUGUUUCUCCUUAACUGAAGUCGUCUUGCUGUCACUUUAAUCAAUAUUUGGUUUUGUUAAGUCACUGUAAUAAAAGUAGAACCAUUCCAUUAAAGAUAAGCUAUUUAAAGGUUACCCAAAUUCUCACAUUUUCAGGAAUUAUAAGAAUGUGUUUCACUGUACUCCUUUCUUGGAGCUGAAUGCAAGGAAUGUUAAUUCCAAGGAACCAGGAUAGAUUACAUUUUACUUUCUGGUGAAGAUCACACUAAAUAUAAUCAUUACUGUAAAACUGGAAAUUUCAAGUAGUUUCAAUUACCCAGGCCCCUUGAUAAAAGAUAAGUUGAGGGUUAUCAUGAUCUUAAUGCAAUUCAAUGAAAGAUGAUAUUCAGAGCAUAACAUUAAUUGCCAAUGUAAUCAAACCAAUAAAAUUCCACGUUUCCCUGUAAUCUUAUCUCUGUCACAGUGUAGUUCAGAGUGUUUAUAAAACUCUAGACUGAUCAACUGAGGUAAAUCUGCUCAGCUUUUGAAAACGUUAAGGUGUGUUUGAAUGGAGAAGGCUGCAUGACUUUUUUGUUUUUCCCUUUUUGCAAAAUGAAAUAAAGUUGUCAAACGUGAAUCACAUUAAGAUAAUCACUACACACUUUUGCUUCUAAUCACACUUGUACCUCAUUUUUAUGUCUGAAAGAGUAACAUUGUAAACAAGCUUGAGUUUCAAAGAGAAUAACUGAAUCCUUGUGAAAACUUAUAAAGGUCUGGAAUGAUAA